AUGGCCUAAUAUCGUUCUGCAUUAAGAGAAAAAGGUACAAAAUGUCUAUUAGGUAUUGCGCGUGAAUUUAAAAAUUUUGAUGAAAAUUUUUCAAAAACAAUAGAUUUUAAUGAAUUUAUAUAAUCAUUAUAAAAAAAUUAAAUAAAUCUAAAUGAAGAUGAAAGCGAAGAAAUAUUUUAUUAUUUUGAUCGUAGAAAUUAAAAUGUAAUAAAUUACGAGGAUUUUUUACUUUCUAUAAGGGGUCCUACCUCAUAAUUUCGUAGAAAUUUAAUAAAGAAUUUGUUUAAAAAUAUUGAUAAGCGAAACUCCGGUAUAUUAAAAGCUAAUGAAAUAAUUUCUUUUUUUAAUCCAAAAAUGCAUCCAGAUGUUUGCACAGGAAUUAAAACAGAAGAAGAUAUUUACAAAGAAUUCUCAAAAACAUUACAAGACUAUAUUUUUUAUAAAGGAAUCAAAAAUAGCAGCUUAACUGAGACAGAAUUUGAAGAUUUCUUUACUUUUUAGAGUGCUUGCAUACCUGAAGAUGAGUAUUUUAAAUCAAUUUUAUCUAAUAUUUGGAAUAAUCAUUCAAAAUUUGAUAACGAAUUAAAGUUAAUAUAGAAAAAAUAAAAUAAUAAUCUAAAUAAUCAUUCAUAUAUUGUUAAUAAUCAGAGCAAUUAAUAAGAACUUUAUUAGUAAAUAAGUAAUAAAAGUAUACAUGAAUAUAAUUAAAAAAGACCUAUCACAUCUCAAAUAUAGCAAAUAUACCCUUAAGAACUUCUAGAAAAAACAAGAAAGAAAAUAUCUAGUAGAGGAAUUAGAGGUUUUAUAGGAAUAUAGAGAUAAUUUAGGAUUAUGGAUGAUAAUUAUGACAAAGCAAUCAAUUAAGCCGAAUUUCGAAAAGCAAUGAGUGAUUAUAAAAUGAAUUUAAACGACUAAGAAUGUCAGUUAUUAUUCUAAUUAUUUGAUACUUAAUAACAUGGAAUAAUUUAUAUAGAUGAUUUGAUUCAUCAUCUUUAAGGUAAUAUAAGUCCUUUUAGGAAAAAAUUAAUUGAACAAGCGUAUUUAUAGCUUGAUAAAUAUGGAAACUAAUAAGUAAGUUUAAAUGAUAUAAAAAAUUCUUUCUAUUCAAAAUGUCAUCCUGAUGUAAAAACUGCAAAAAGAACAGAAGAUGAAAUUUUAGGAGAGUUUUUAGAAACUUUCGAAUUGCAUCAUAAUUUAAGAGUUGGUAUGAAAGAAUAAUUAGUUUCAAAAUAAGAAUUUCAUGAAUAUUAUUAUAAUGUAUCAUCAACAAUAGAAAAUGAUUAACAUUUCGAAAAUAUCAUUGUUAAUACAUAUAAAGUAAUUUUUAUAUUUUUUAAUAUAAUUGUCUAUAUUUUAUUUUAAUUAAAUAUAUAUAAGCUUUAUUAAAAUAAUUAAUAAUAAUAUUAAUAAUAUGCUCCAACAAGUUAUAAACCAUAAUAUCAAAACUAAGAGCAUAGAUCUAGAACAACUUAAAAUGCUCCUUUUGGAACUUCUAAUACUCCUAUGGAUUAUUCUACAACAUUACGUCCCUAAAGUAAAUAAUCAUAACUACAAAAACAUAUAAAUCAAGAACUUCCUGCAGGUUCACCUUCCUGGCCUGGUUAUAAUUGGUAGGUUUAAUAAGCAAAUAGUGUUUAUUAAUAAGAAAAUAAUGGAUGUCGAAUGACUGGAUAGAAAUAAAGUGGUGAAGAGAUAUUCAAUUAAUUAAAAUGUAAAGUAUUAAAUAGAGGUAUUAGAGGAUUUUUAAGUUUAAAUAAAACAUAUAGAAUUAUCGAUGAUGAAGGAAAUAGAAUGAUUAAUAUUUAAGAUUUCAUUAAAGUCUGUAAAGAUUUAAGAACGGGAAUAAAUGAGGGAGAAUUUACGGCUGUUUUUAAGCUUUUUGAUUAAAAUGCAAUAGGAUUUAUUGAUUUUGAUAAAUUUUUAAAAGCCAUAACAGGAAAUAUGAAUACUUUUAGAAAAAAUAUAGUUAUGUCUGCUUUUGCUAAAUUAGAUAAAACUAAAAGUGCUGUUGUAGAUAUUGAUGAUAUAUUAGGAGCAUAUAAUGUAAGUAAACAUCCAGAAGUUUUGAAUGGAAGAAAAAACGAGGAAGAAAUUUUAGGUGAUUUUCUCGAUACUUUUGAAAAACAUCAUAUAUAAUGGUUUGCAAAUAAUUGUAAAAGUACAUAAGUUGAUAUUGACGAGUUUGUUGAAUAUUAUAAUAUUUUAAGUGCUACUAUUGAAGAUGAUAAAUAUUUUGAAGCCAUACUUAGGUCUGUGUGGCGAAUUUGA